GCAGAUCCUGCCUGUGACUGCUUCGGUGGCUGCUCCAGACACCUGCGGCGGCGCCGGCGGCGACCCCACGGCGGCCGCGAUGUGGCCCCUGGUGGUGCUGCUGCUGCUGGGCUCGGCUUGCUGCGGUUCGGCUCAGCUAAUAUUUAACAUAACCAGAUCUGUAGAAUACACUGCUUGCAAUGAAACUGUUAUCAUCCCAUGCUAUGUUAAUAAUGUGGAGGCCACAAACAUUAAUGAAAUGUAUGUAAAGUGGAAAUUUAGAGGAAAAGACAUUUUCACCUUUGAUGGCGCUGUAGAAAAGACCACUCGCGACAAUAAAUUUAAGAGUACAAAAAUCAUACCACAAAAAUUACUAAAUGGCAUUGCCUCUUUGGAGAUGAACAAGGAAGAGGCUGUUGUAGGAAACUACACUUGUGAAGUAACAGAAUUAAGCAGAGAAGGCGAAACCAUCAUAGAACUAAAAUACCGUAUUGUUUCAUGGUUUUCUCCAAAUGAAAAUAUCCUCAUUGUCAUUUUCCCAAUUUUGGCUGUACUACUUUCUUGGGGACAGUUUGGUAUUGUGACGCUUAAAUAUAAAUCCAGUCUCAUGAAGGAGAAAACCAUUCUUUUAUUUGUUGGUGGACUAGUGCUCACUAUAGCUGUCAUUGUCGGAGCCAUUCUUUUUGUCCCAGGUGAAUAUUCAACAAAGAAUUCUUGUGGACUUGGUUUAAUUGUGGUUCCUACAGUGAUUUUAAUAUUACUUCAGUACUGUGUGUUUAUGAUAGGUGUUUGGAUGUCUUCCUUCACCAUCGCCAUAUUGAUCCUUCAGGUACUGGGCUAUGUGCUCUCUGUGGUUGGACUAAGCCUCUGUGUCUCAGAGUGCACCCCAGUGAACGGCCCUCUUCUGAUUUCAGGUUUGGGUAUUAUAGCUCUAGCAGAAUUACUUGGAUUAGUUUAUAUGAAACUUUUUGCUUCCAAUCAGAAGACUAUACAACCUCCUAGGAAAGCUGUAGAGGAACCCCUUAAUGCAUUUAAAGAAUCAAAAGGAAUGAUGAAUGAUGAGUAACUGAAGUGAAGUGAUGGACUCUGAUUUGGAAAGUAGUAAGACAUGAAAGGAAUACAAUUGUGUUUAAGCACCAUGGCCUUGAUUCACUGUUCAGGAGAAGAAAACAAGAAAAAUUACUGGUUCUCAUCUGUGGGAGAAAGUAAAUCUUUGACCCUUAAAUGAUUGUUACAGUUAAGUUUUUAUUCAAAGCAUUUGUAAUUUAGUUAAUAAAAGAAUUAUUAUCUGUGUUGUGUGCCCAAUUGA